GUUGUGUUGGAAACUCCGAGGAGACAAUGAUCUCCCCUAGCAGGGUGGUGAUUCCCGGCUUGUUUUACUGGCUGCUUCUCCUCGAGGCGCCGCUCGUUGCCACGACUGUCUACUCGUCCGUAUACGUCUUCGGUGUUGGUACAACCCCGUUCAUUCUAGCCCUGAUCGUUGUAAGUCCUGCGGGCUCCAGCUCAACAUGGACGCAGGAGACGUUAAAGCAAACUAGGCCAACUUCCACCUCUUAUUCGGCAUAUACUGUUGCGUCACGCACGCAAAGCCCCGGCCAUAUCACAUCUACAUCGUCAGCCCCUGGCUCGUGGUGUGUACCGGUGUGUGGUGUGCCAUACUGGCAUACUUCGCCUGCUAUCUGAAAGAGAAGCCAUCGGACGGGGCCAACCGGCCGCUGCUGC